AUGGAGCAUGAUGGGAAGCCUACAUAUAUGAAGCCUUAUUCCUACAUGGAGGAAGCCUUGUGUAAGGCAGCCGCUGACGGUAACCUUGCGGCUGCUUCUCGCAUAAUGCAUGAACGAAUUGAUCCGAACUGUAAAGACGCUGUCGGUAGAUCACCUAUGCACUAUGCUGCUCUUAACGGACACUUUGAAAUCAUCCGUCUUCUUUUAUGUAACCGAGCUCUAGUAGAUGUUUCAGACGCAAAUAAUGUCACACCCUUGCAUCUGGCUGCUAGGAACGACCACCUACGUUGCGCUCAACUACUGUGCAUGGCUGGUGCAGAUAUUUCACGCACGUGCGCUUCCGGAUGUACACCACGUGAUCUUGCUCCAUUCGAUUCUCAAACAUGCUACUUUCUGGAAAGAUCUCACUAUAUCAUCCCUGACCGUGAUAUUGAACGUGGACUAACAACGGCUCCGGAAUCUAUUGUGUUCGACAAUGGUACUCGGUUUAAUUCCCAUCAGUUUAGCGAACUCGUUCGAAAACACGGCAUCAUACAUGCUACUUCUUCACCACUCCAUCCCGAAUCAAACGGUCAAGCUGAACGGUUCGUUGACACCUUUAAACGUGCGUUGACAAAAACAGAAAGGGAGGGGACCACGACAGAAGUGCUGGAUACGUUCCUACUGAACUAUAGAGCAACUCCUAAUCCACAGUCUCCGGACGGUCGCCCUCCAGCAGAGGUUAUGAUGAACAGACGGUUGAAACUUGCCCAUGAUGUUAUCCUACCAACACUUACAUGUUUUCCAUCACCGACAAGUGGAGAGCGAAACAUUCCGGGCUGGCAACCGUGUGCUUGUCAGACUAUCGCCCCGGGUACCGAAGCCUGA